AUGUUUUUAAUAGUUGUUUUCCCCUCAGACAGCAAGAUGGAAAUGUUCAAUCUCAACUGUAAGCUCAUAAACUUUAUCCAUCAUCUAAAGGAGAGGUGCGGCCUGGACUUCAAAGAGAGUGUGGAGCUGAUGGACAGCAGUGGCAGAGUGAUGGAUCUGGAGGGGAAGCAGCAAAGUGUGGCUCUGGCCAGCAGCGUGCUGGGAGAGAGACAAUACUACGUCCUGCUCCGAGUCUGCCGAGACGAUGACACCGGAGGUCGUAAAUACGUGUCUCUCCUCAACAACUUCAGCCAGAGUCAUCCCCAGUUAACAGAGCUGCUGAGGAAACUGUCGAACACCGAGAAGGAGGCAGACCGAAGGACGAGAGGAAGGACACAGAGCAGCGGUCCUGCCGGCCAAACCAGGAGCAAAAAACGUCUCCGCAAAUAACAAGAAACCGCAUCUUAAAUAGUUUCUGUCCUAGUCAAGACAUUGAAGUCUGAUUUCUUUAGACACUACGAUGUAUUUACCCAUGAGCAGACUAGCUGUAUUAUAACCAUGCAAACAAUCUGUUAAAUGCGUCACAUAUAGUGUUUUAUAUUUUUAAAUGUAGGUUUUCUAUCUC